GCCUACUUGUGCAUGAAAAACUGCUGCGGGGAAUUGCGAAUUGUGAUCCCGGUGUCCUAAAUCCAUUUUUCCAAAUGAUCGUGAUUCCAAUUAUUAUUGGUAUUAUAGCUUUUGAGCCAUAUUUUAAGAUAUCCCGUUGUUCCUCAUCGCUGCCGUUGCCAUAUCCGAGUACAGUGCCAAACAUCUGGCCACACUGCUUCAGCGGGGGCGGCAUCAACAAUUGAUUGGAAAUAAAAACAUUUAAUUGGAUUGAAAGGAACACGAUGAACCGCUACGCGGUCAGCUCGCUGGUGGGCCAAGGCUCCUUCGGCUGCGUGUACAAGGCGCAGCGACGAGACGACGAAAAGGUUGUGGCUAUCAAAGUCAUUUCGAAGCGUGGGCGAUCGAAUCGAGAGCUGAAGAACCUGCGCAGGGAAUGCGACAUUCAGGCGCGCCUCAAGAAUCCGCAUGUCAUCGAGAUGAUCGAGUCUUUCGAGUCGAAGUUUGACCUGUUCGUGGUAACGGAGUUCGCGCUGAUGGACCUUCAUCGGUACCUGUCUUUUAACGGGGCCAUGGCCGAGGAGCAUGCGCGCCGUGUCAUUGGUCAUUUGGUCUCGGCCCUGUACUAUCUGCACUCCAAUCGCAUUCUGCACCGCGACCUGAAGCCGCAGAAUGUCCUCCUGGACAAAAACAUGCACGCCAAGCUCUGCGACUUUGGCCUGGCACGGAACAUGACCCUGGGCACCCAUGUCCUCACGUCCAUCAAGGGAACACCGCUGUACAUGGCCCCCGAGUUGCUAGCCGAGCAGCCGUACGACCAUCAGGCGGACAUGUGGUCUCUCGGGUGCAUUGCCUACGAGAGCAUGGCCGGGCAGCCGCCCUUCUGCGCCACCUCCAUCCUGCAUCUGGUGAAGUUGAUCAAGCACGAGGACGUCAAGUGGCCGAGCACGCUGAGCAGCGAGUGCCGCUCCUUCCUGCAGGGCCUGCUGGAGAAGGACCCCGGCAUGCGCAUCUCCUGGACGCAGCUGCUCUGCCAUCCCUUUGUCGAGGGCAAGCUGUACAUAGCCGAGGUCCAGGCAGAGGCUGCCCAGGCUUCGCCCUUCAUCAAUCCCAAGGCGGCCGUCAAGGACCACUCCAGGCGUGUCAAACAGUCCAGCCAGAGGACGGCGGACCUGAAUGAUGUUCUGGCAGCACUGAAUCUUGGUGACAUGGCCAACGAGAACCUGAGCACCUCCCGCGACAGCAUCAACGCCAUUGCCCCCAGCGACAUCGAGCAGCUGGAAACGGACGUCGAGGACAACGGGCAUCGCGUGCUCGUUCCCUUUGCAGAUGUUUCUUUCAGGGACAUGACCACCGCUUCCCCCACUUCUGCAGCCGGCGGCGCCGCCGGGGGUCCGCUUGUAAACUCGCAGACCUGCUUCGUGAGCGGAAACUCCAACAUGAUACUGAACCACCUGAACGACAACUUUCCCGUUGAAGUGCAGAUAUCAGGGGCUGCUCCAAGUGGAGGUGGAGGUGCAGGUGCAGGUGGAGGUGCCAAGGGUGUGGCCGCCAAGCUCAAGGCUGCCCUCAACCUGCGGCAGUCGUCGCGCAGCAAGGACCUAGAGAAGCGCAAGCUCAGCCAGAACCUGGAGAACUUCUCGCUGCGUCUCGGCCAGAGUAUUGACUCUGAGGCGCACCGCAAGACCACGGAAAUGCUCACGGCCCAGGAGAGGAAGUCCCGCGACAAGGAUCAGCUGAAGCAAUCGAUGCACUCCACCAACGAGGAAAAGCUGAGCAGCGACAAUACCCCGCCCUGCCUUCUGCCGGGCUGGGACAGCUGCGACGAGUCGCAGAGCCCACCGAUUGAGAACGAUGAGUGGCUGGCCUUUCUGCACCGCUCCAUACAGGAGCUGUUGGACGGGGAAUUUGACUCGCUGAAGCAGCACAAUCUUGUCAGCAUCAUCGUGGCGCCGCUGCGCAACUCGAAAGCCAUUCCCAAGGUGCUGCAGAGCGUGGCCCAGCUACUCUCCCUGCCCUUCGUGCUGGCCGAGCCACUGAUGCUGGUGGACCUCGACCUGAUCAGGAAUGUCUAUGUGGACGUCAAGCUCGUGCCCAACCUCAUGUAUGCCUGCAAGCUGCUACUCUCUCACCGCCAGCUCUCGGAUUCGGCGGCCUCUGCUCCGCUCACACUGGGCUCCCUCAGCCGCACCAUGCGAAGCAUCCCGGAGCUGAGCGUCGAGGAGAUGAGCACUGCCUGCAGUCUGUACGAGCUGGUAUGCCACUUGGUGCAUCAGCAGCAGCAGUUCCUCAGCCAGUUCUGCGACGCGGUGGCCAUUCUGGGGGUCAACGACCUCUUUCUCAAUUUCCUCACCCACGAAUUCAAGCACUCAGACUCGGACUCGAGCUCGGUGCGGCUGGCGGGCUGCAUGCUGGCGCUGAUGAGCUGCGUGCUACGCGAACUGCCCGAGAACGCCGAGCUGGUAGAGAAGAUAGCAUUCAAUCCGCGACUGCGUUUUGCCACGCUGCUCCAGAGCCGCCAUCAGUUGCUGCGCCAGCGGGCCUGCCAACUGCUCCGGCUGCUGGCCCGGUUCAGUCUCCGCGGUGUGCACUGCAUGUGGGGCGCCGACCUGAGGGGCGCCCUGCAGGCACUGGCCGACCAGCAGCUCUGCCCUGCCCUCCGUAUAGAGUCUGCCCAGACACUGGACGAGCUGAGCCAAUUCAGUUUCUUUGUGGCCUAGCAGCCCACUGCUUUA